AUGAAACAUCAGUUUUUUACUAGAAAAAUUGUUAUUGUUAGGACACUUAAGAAAACCCCUAGAGGGAUAAAGAAGGAAUAUAUCUCUGGUAUGGAAGUCUACUACUAUUCAGUGAGAGACCAAGUCGAAUCAAUUCUCAACAGAUAUUCAUCCUCUAAACUGUCAAAUCUAUCGGACCUUCAUCUACAGCUAAAUUUAGAUGGUAUUCCACUGUUCAAGAGCUCCCCGAAGAACUUUUGGCCUCUACUUAUAACUGUUAGAAAUCUUAGUCCUACUUUUGUUCUUCCUCUCUUGAUAGCAUGUGGACCGUCUAAACCUGAUGAUCUAGCAUUUCUCAAGAAACCUUUUGAUGAACUUUCAACCUUAAGAAGCGACGGAAUUCAUUUCAUGAACAAAAAAUUCAAGGAAAAGGAAACUAAAAUACCAACAGUAUUUCUCUUUUAG